UGUUUCCAUGAGAUGUUUAUAUUGAUUUAUUGCUCCCCUCCGAUUGUACUGGGAAUCCGAUCGUAUCGUAUCGGGUGCCGACGAACAGAUCCGCCCGUAAAUCCGUCCCCGGGUUGCCUUUUUGAUAGAUAUCGAGAACAAGAAACACUGAACCGCUUAUCACCGGGCGAGGGUUCCCAGCCAAAAAAAAGUGAAACACCUGGCCAAUAACGUAACUCGAUCAGCCUUAUUCGGAUGCAUCAGGCGAUAUGAUUCCACACCCUGGGCGCUAUAAAAAGACUUCCCAAGCUGUGAGCCAACAUCAAACGGAAAGUUGUGUUCGGUAAAUAGCAGCAACAGUAUCUGCGUACUCCCCGAUGGCUUGCUUGAAGUUGUUCAGUGUGGUCGGUCUGGUGGUGCUGGCGGCCACCAACGCAAUCGGUGCCGGAGUAGCAACCCGCGCCUGUUCCGGAGGGCGGCCAGCCCCAACGGAGGUACGUGUGGAGGGUUGUACGGUUCCACCGUGUGACCUGGUGCGUGGAUCCGAUGCCAUUAUGGACAUGGACUUUACGGCCCCGUUUGCGGCGGCCAACCUGCGCACGCAAGUGGUCGCUACGGCACUGGGCGUAACGGCACCGUUCGAGCUUCCGGCGGAUCGGGCUGCUGCCUGUAAUUGGUUGCUGAAUACCCAGUGUCCGGUCAGCGCCAACGAGGACAUUACCUAUCGGUUGAGCAUGCCCGUACUGCUGGUGUAUCCGCGCGUGAGCCUUACGGUGGAGAUCGAUCUCGUGGACGAUGCUGGGCAGUCGUUGGCGUGCUUCGAGCUAGAUGCACGUGUCGUUUCCGGUCGUGCUGCUUAAGAUGGAGAGAAUAAUUUGCCAAAUAUAACAAAAAUGUAGCGAAUUGUUUGUCUUUCCUCGCGUACCGAAUCCAAACUACACUUUCGUAUGG